AUGGAAGCAGAAUAUCAGGCUUACUAUAUAGGUUUAAAGAUCGAUGAUGAAUACCUCUUCCAGUCUCUCAGACGCCUCUAUAAAAAGGUUUACGAUAAUUAUAUAGAGUCGAUCUCGGCGAAUAUUCUUGCUGAUUGCUAUAAAGCAACUUACUCACGGCUAGCAAGCGCUGAUGAACGUCGUUUUGAAACUGUAGUUGAAAGUAAACUGUCACCAGCGGAUGAAAGAAAGCUGCGUGGAAGGGAUGUUUCAUCAUUUGACCGUUACCAGACAGGGACUGUCGUCUCUUACACCUUAAGUUCAAAAAGUUCUCGCUCUUCUUUGGUUGAAAAGGACGGAAAUUUCGGAAGUGCCUUGAAAGAAAGCACACUUGCGGGUGUUAACCACGAUGAUUCAUCUAGUAAUUCAAGGACGAAGGAAGAUGUCCUAGCAGAAGACAGCAAAGAAGAUGAAGCAUCGUUGAAGAAUCGCAAAAGAAAGAUUAAAAGGAUUGUUGCAAAACCGAUUACUGGCGUUGCCGCAUUGGACAGCUCUCUGCAGUCUUCACUGUCGCUACCUCGUGUUACUUGCAAAAAAUGUAGCCUGGAAAUCGAUGAAGCUUAUGUGAUAAGAAGGACUCAUGUUCUUGAAAACCACUGUUCAAGCAGAGAUGAUGUUGAUUCAUCAGAAAUCUUGAGCGCGGAAAUGCGGCUCUGCUUCCCGAAUUCAUUAGUGUGCAGUGAUUACCAAAUGCGGCAUAAAGAUGAAUUUUAUGCGCAGACGCCAGAGGGUGAUUUGAUACGCAAUCAUUUUGAGAGGAUGAGGCAAGACUUUACAUCAUCAUUGCAUAGUCAGAUAAGAUCAUGCUUCCCUUACGUACCCCCCAAAUCGGCGAAGAAUGUACAUUUGGAUAAUGCUAGAGGCCUCCCGACAGCCAGCAUGUGUGAGAAACUCGCGCAUGUUUUGAAAAAUACUGUCCCACUUCCGGAGAAGGUUUUACGGAUGGACAGAUCAUCUUCACCUGAUUUGCCUAACUACGAUUCAGAUGAUGACAUCCAAAUUUUGGAAGAAAAAAUACAGUCAGUUCCUGCACAUGGCCAAGCUGGCGAAAACAUAAAAGCCAGUGAAGAAGGAAGAGAAGAGGAAAAUCCAACUCAAAAUUCUCAGUGUUUUCCGGUAGAAAGGAGUUUAGAAGGCGAUAAAAGCUGGUCUAAAUUAUCUGCAUGGACUGUAACUGCUAAACUUUAUCGUUUUAUCGAUUUAUUUCUUGUACCGUUUAAAACGGAGAAAUUUAUUGUUAUAUUUGGUGACCUGUUCCUUCAAGUGGUUUAUUUGUUGUAUUCUGUUGUAGCUACUAUGAAGAACCAGUCACAGUCACAAAGUCCACCGGCAGCAUAUGCAAAAUAUUUGAAUGAUUUUGAAGAAUGCGAUGAGGUACAGUUAACAGUACCAAAAAAGAAGUUUGUUGACCGUCAUUUGAAGGAAACUGUAAUGCUUAAGGCACAAGAUAAUGGACAAGUUUAUAAUAAUAUGCCCUCGACGUCACGAGGUAAGGAAGUCCGACGUUACGUUGUUGAGAAGCGGCGACUUAGAGAUGAUGAUCCUUCUAGCACGUUCCGCGACGAUUACAGUAGAGGAGCUCUAUUGCAAAAUUUAGAUUUUUAUCAACAGGCAUCGAAUGUAGCGCAGACUUUCGGUGGAGAAUCAAAACAAAGAUCGAAGAAAAUGUGUUUUACCUUCGCUAGAUUUGGCGAGUGCCAGUACGGUGCGGACUGUAGGUUUUCACACAGUCCGAAACCAAUGAAACUUGAAGAUCAGUUUGAUAAGUUUCCUGAAUCGAAUCGCAUGAAGCCGAAAAUGCUAGAGGAGUCAGAGGAUCCUGAUGUGACUUGUCGUCGUUUGGAACAGCGGCUUUUUGAAAUACAGCGUGAGUUAACUCUUUUGGAGGAAGAGGGGAAGAAACCAAAAUCGUCUGUUGUUAUACCCAAACGGAAUAAAUCUGCCAUGCCCUCGACAUCUGAUGGUUUCGGUUGUAACAUGAAAGCUUCUAUUAAUGUAGGAGGAGACUUUAUAGUUCGUAUUGGUAAUUCACAUAGGAAGACUAAAGAAGCUAGUCAUUGCAAGGAGGAAGAAAGUUACCACAUAGACAGAAAGAUUCCAAAGAAGCGAUCUCGUAUUUCUUCUUUAGUUGACGGUCCAGAUGCCAAGAAUUCAAUCCUGUUAGAAGUUAGCGAUGAUGACCAGAGAAUGAGCGAGUCGUUGACGGAAGCAAAAUCAUUUCAAGCUGAUCGUGUUUCUAGUGAAAGUGAAACAGACCUUGUUUCAAACAGCUCAGAGGAAAAUUUUUCGUUAAAUGAGCGCGCUGAAUCUUCUACAGCGGAAUUGGUUUCAGAUACUGAAAUUGGCACUGAUCUUAGUCAGAAAGGUGACUUUGCUGAGCCAAUCGACUUUUCCUUCAUCACCAAUUCGGGUGCGUUGGUAACGAUAAGUGAUGAUGAACUAGAUGAUAAAGUUAAAGACGGAGAUUCCAGUAGACCUAUAUCUUAUUGCGAAGCCCUUUCUGCUCCAUUCGUGUUCCGUGAUUGCCAUUUGUUAUCCGAAAAGUUGCCAGAGGAUGUUGUCAGGGAGCUAGAAAAACUAAGUGUUUUUGGCAAACACAGCUCUUCGGACAAAAAGGAUAUCAAAGAAGGGGAAGCUUAUGGAGGUGGUGAGUGCUGGACGGGAGUUGAACAAAGAAAGUAUCAAGAGUGGUUAUCUAAGAAGAAUUUUGCUUUGACCGAGGAACAAACGUGCGAAUUAAAUGCACUGGGGAAUAAGGCGAAGAAUAUAUUUCAGCGGUACACAUGA